GCCGGCAGUUGUUGCAGCAGUGGGACCAAACCUAUCUCCAUAUGCGAAGGAAUUCGGUCUGAUCUGCAACAUAACAGAUAACGAAGUAGACAGACGUCCACAAUGGAGGAAUAGAUACGGCAUUGCAAAGAAACAAAAUGGCGGACAAAACCAGUGGAACCGCUUUUGGGCAGAGGGUCCCGCCCCUUUAUGUUUAUCUGAAGAGGGUUCUUGAGAAGUAUCCGGAAGGAGGACAAAUACUUAAGGAGCUUCUGCAAAACGCAGAUGAUGCAAAAGCAAGGAAAGUGAUUUUCCUGCACGACAAAACGGAGCAUUCUUCCGAUGGACUGCGCUCGGCGGAACUAAGGGAAUUCCAGGGACCUGCCCUGUACGCCUACAACGAUGCCAUCUUCAAAGAAGAGGACUGGAAGAGUAUCCAGGAGCCGGAACAAAGUGGCAAGGUUGAUGACGUCAUGAAAGUUGGACGAUUCGGGCUUGGCUUCAUUUCAGUUUACCACCUGACAGAUCUUCCGAGCGUCCUGAGUGGAAAUAGCAUUGGAUUUCUUGACCCACUUGAACAGAACUUCAAACAUGGCGGAAUGCGAUGGGAGACGUCUCCAGAAAUCUUAGAUAAAUACCCAGGUCAGUUCUCACCAUAUCUCUUGGACUUAUUUAAUUGUACAGACAAGAAGUUCCGGGAGAGUGCUUUCAAGGGCACCAUUUUCAGAUUCCCGUUUCGAAAACAGCCAUCCGAGUUAAGCAAGUCAGUCUUCAACGAUAAGAGCCGUGUAACAAAUCUCCUCGAGUCAUUCCGCAGUGAUGCGGAGAUCUCGUUGUUAUUUAUGAAACAUGUCGAGACCAUCCAGGUGUAUGAGCGUGACCAUGGCAAAGCGCCAAAACUGGUCUUUCAAGUCCAGAUCCCAUCGGCGAAACAGGUGCAAGUAAGAGCAGAGCGAAACAACUUGUGGGCCAAAAUGAUCAAGGGGGACGUUACCGCUGUAACCGACAUACAUGUUGAAGCAAGUUACAAAGACAAAGCGACUCCCAUUAGCAGUGUGUACGUCACAGUGAACACCAGCUCGGACACUUCUCCGAACUUGCAGACUCUUAUUAAAGACGAUGAUCUAAAACUGAGGCCCUGGAUGGGAGCGGCCUUCAAACUUUCUGGAGCUGGGGACAUGGACAACGGUACAGAAAAACCUGGUCGCGUCUUUUGCUUUCUGCCGUUACCGGAGAGCGUACAAUCUGGUCUGCCUGUCCACGUCAACGGAUAUUUCGGUCUGGGAGAUAACCGGCGAGGUAUCAAGUGGCCAGAUAGUGAGUCUGGCUAUGAUAAGAAAGCUCAGUGGAAUCAGCUUCUUGUCAAUGAAGUGUAUCCAGAGGUACAUGCCAAAUUGAUCCUCAGGGCCAUAGAGAAAUGCGAAAAGAAGGCUGACAAGAUACUCCCAAAAGAUGUCUACAGGGCCUGGCCUAAGAUCAACGAAGUCAAGAAGCAGUGGAAAGAUGGUGUCAUGAAACUCCUGAACCUUCUGAAGGACGAAAAGUUUGUUCACACAGAUGGUGGUCAGUGGAUGAAGUUAUCUGAAGUUUGCCAUCAUACCGAAAAUAGUGGACUUAUUUCGAAAGUGUUUGCUAAAACGCAUGGAAUCCCACUGGCACAACUUCCUUGUCAUGUUGUGGAGUCUCUUGAUUGGGCAGGAAUAGGCUACCAGGAAGUUACCCCCGCCAUCGUGAGGAAUCGAAUCCGAGAUAAUCAACUUGAUUUUCUGAGUCGACCAGAGAAACGAGAACUUCUCAAGUAUGUGAUCAGCGAUGACAUCAUCGAUGACCUACACAGCCUGAAACUCCUCCCCUUGCAAAAUGGCACUUUCAUCUUCUUUAAUGGGACAUCUGCGGAAGUUUUCAUAAAAACUUACGAAAACCCAAGUUCACUUAUUCCAAAUGGAGCAAGCAACUUUGCUGUGGAUGACCUGCCAGAUGCACUGACUACCUCAGAAGUAGAGUCUCACACUCAAUUAAGAUUGUUGACUAGUGAACAUGUUGGGCCACUAUUACGUAAAACAUUGCCGGCACACUGGAUCAACAGUACAGACAGAGUACUGUCUUGGACACCAGGGACACAACAACAGCCUACGCUUCAAUGGCUGAUUAGUUUGUGGACAUGGCUGACCAAAAAUCAAGUACCACUAAGUUUCUUCGAAGGUAUUCCACUCAUUUACAUGACACCCAAUAGGAUCGCCCGACUGACGAAGAGCUCAAUGGUGUUAAAGGAUGAACAAGGCCAUCGAUCUUUGACAAAAAACAUAUGCAAGUUGCUAGAGACGUUGGGGGCAGUUGUUAUUCGAGACAAACGCCCAACAUGCGAUACUCACCACCCUGAUCUGGGUGAGUUCAUCAAGCCUCCAACACCUGAAGGAGUUAUGUCAGUUUUAGAACAGUUUAAUGUUAAUGCGUGUGCCGUUACAAAGAAGUUGCAGAGCAUGGGAAGCGUCGUUAAGGACGAGUUUCGAUUUCUCAUGAAUCAACACGACUGGUUAAGCUGCUGGUGGUCAAGCAGUUGGCAAAUAGAGCUCCUGAAGAACUUACCAAUUUUCAGGUGCCAACAAGCCAUGGGAAUAGGCUACACAACAGUUGACCGCUGCUCCUUGGCAGUGCCAAAAGACUUUUACCGCAUUCCAGUUUCUAAAUUGCAGAUUUGUCGUCUGAUCCUAGGAGAUGACUCGGACAGUCUAGCAUUGAAAGUAGGCGCCAAAAGAGAAAGCACUGAAGACUUUCUGUCCGCCAAUAUUUUGCCUGGUGUGGAAACUGGGUACUAUGAUGACCAAACUAAGGUCAAGAUCAUGAAUUGGGUUUUGGAGGGGUCUUAUCGGUAUCUAGCUGAGGGUUGUAAGUUUAUUCCCACUGCUAAACGAGGUAGAAUCGUGAGCCCAGGAGAACUGUUCGAACCCACCACUACCCUUAAGACCCUAUUGGGGGAAAUGGAUGUGUUCCCCUCACCUGCGUAUUCAAAAGGACGCAUGAUUCAGAGAUUGAAAGAAGUUGGCCUGAAGAGUGAGGAUGACAUAAGCUCGGUGGAUAUUUGGAACAUUGCGAAGGAGCUUUCCAGUGUUCGAGCAUUCGGGCUUGCGGAUGUUAGAAGAGGACAGGUCCUUCUAGAGUACAUCAAUUCUCAUUGCGAACUCUUAUCAGACUUCGUAAGCAAUCAGCCACUGAGUGGGUUACUCAUUAAGCUUCGUUGGGUUCCUUGUGUAUCUAGCCCACCAGCAGCCCAGUACCCCUGCUCGGCUGGAUGGUGUGGUAAAUCCAACCAACUCUACUCCCCAAACUCUUUGGGUCUGUUUGAUACAAACCUGUUGCAAGGUUCCGUGCUACCUCUACUCAAGCUACCAGGAAUCAAGGAUGAGCUGAUUAACGCCUUCAGUCUCACAGUAGAACUUGAGCCAACCAACCCAAACAAUGUCCAAAACGUCGUACAUCAGCUAAGCAACUUGUCAAAGAAUUACAACUCCAAGAAAGACGACAGCAAUGUGACUGCUCUCGCCGUGUCUGCAAUUUACGAGUUCCUUAACCAGGUGUCAGGAACUGAUCUGAAGCUAGCAGCUGAAAAGCACAUCAGCACCAACCAGCCCUUGGUUUGGCACGGCUCUGGAUUUGCACCACUUGACAAAAUAGCCAUUGAUAAAGGAGCUCUUGGAGUCAGUCUGGUACCCUAUCUUCACACAGUUCCGACAGAGCACAAGGAGAAGUAUGGAAGCCUUCUGUCGAGUAUUGGUGUACGACAGACCUACCAAGAAGAUGAACUGUGCAGAGUUCUGACAAAUGUCCAUCAAAAAUAUGAAAGAGAACAGAUUAGGCAGGAAGAUUACAAAGGGGACCUGACUCUUGUGAGCAACAUUCUCAAGUACAUUGUCAAUCUUGAACAGUUUGGCCACUUACCUGAGAUUUUGGUGCCUUGCAGGACCUCCACGCAAGUGCCUUUCUGCAUGAGGGGGGCUUCGGAAUCCCUGUAUGUUGAUGACGAAAGACUGGCAGCGCAGCUGUCCCCUGUUGAUUUGAAUGGGGUCAUUCAUGAGUCCAUAUCGAAUGCUGUUGCUAAGCGGUUAGGGUUACGACCGCUCAGCCAUGAGAUUGCUCCCGUAGAUCAGGCACUUGACCGAAGUUAUGAGAUUGCAGGGCCAAGUGAGUCUACUGCAAAUGCCAUCAGGCGAAACCUUGAAAUGUACAAAAGAGAAGACGUCUUCAAAGAGCUUAUCCAGAAUGCUGACGACGCUGGAGCAAAUGAAGUCAAGUUUCUGAUCGAUUGGCGAGGAAACAAAAACACUUCAAGUGACCUUCUCAGUGAGAAUAUGAAAGCAUGUCAUGGCCCUGCUAUCUGGGCAUACAACGAUGCUUUCUUCUCAAAAGAGGACAUUCAAAAUAUUUGCUCUAUAGCAGCUCAAAGCAAGAAGCUGCAGCUAGACAAAGUAGGGCGGUUCGGAUUGGGUUUCACGUCAGUCUAUCACAUAACAGAUAUGCCCAGUGUAGUCAGUGGACCAUACAUACUAAUUUGCGACCCUAGGGCUACCCAUUUGGGUGACCGUAUUCGACCCCAACAGCCAGGUAUAAAGCUAGAUCUGACAAAGGAGGAACAUAGACGGACCAUCGGGCAUUACCCGAACCAGUUUCAUCCUUACAAUGGUAUAUUUGGUUGCAAACUAGACCAGACAACAGAGUCAUAUCCGCACACUCUGUUUAGGUUACCACUUCGCACAAGUGCCGAGGUGAAUGAUGGCAAGCCGAAUCAACUUUCAGACAGCAGCUUCGACUCACAGAAUGAGACACAGCCUUUAAUAGACUUAUUGAAGGAAUCUGCAGAGACACUACUACUGUUUACUCAAAACGUGACUUCAGUCAAGGUGCUGGAACUCAAAUCGGAUAAUGUGGAAAAUAUAGAAACAGUUCUGUCUGUAAAGGUCUCCAGAUGUGAAGAUAAAAAGAUGCCCCGGUCAAUUUGUAAUCCAGAAGGCAAUUUGAUAAACGAACGCAGUAUCUUGAAGGCGACAACCAAUGCUUUGAAUUCACCAAGUUCUACCACAAGUCCAUCGACAACAAUGAUUGUUAAAGUAACAAGAGAAGCACGUCCGUCUAAAACGAGUGGUAAAACCAGACUGAAUAAGAUAGCCAAACAUUUCAUAAUCAGCUCCUGUAUGUCAAGAAGAGACCAGAUCGAUGAGUUGGCUUCCAGCGACGAAGGUAAAAAACAUGGCGUCUUGCCGUGUGGUGGGGUCGCUGCAAGGUUAAACUUCGAGAAGGGUGGUUUAACACCUAAACAAACAGAAGGUGAAGUGUUUAGCUUUCUACCGUUAGACGUACACACAGGUCUACCUUUCCAUGUCAACGGCAGUUUCCUCCUACAGCCGAAUCGUCGACAGCUUUGGAGCAACUCUUCACAUAGUCGAGGCUUCACUGAGGGCCUUUGGAAUGAACGGAUGAUGAAGGAUGUACUUUGCCAAGCACUUAUGAACCUCCUGGAAGACCUCACAAAGCUCAGCCAACAGGACAUCGAUGCGACUGACUUCCAGUGUCUGUGGCCUGUUUGGGAAAACUGUCACAGUGAUUUUCAUCCGUUGGUUCGGGAGUUCUAUCGGAGAAUAAGGUGUGACAGUGUGCCCAAAUUGUUUCAUGCCGGCACAAAAUGGCUAUCAGUGGAGGAGUGCUUCUUCGUCACAGAUUCAUCUUGCAAAACCGAUGUAAGAGACAGUAUUGUUGCUAUCUUGAAUACGCACAGUUCGUCACAAAGAUUAUUUGUGGAGGUGAACGAGGAUGUUGUCAACAGUAUGGAGCAUGCUUGCAGUAAUGAGCUUAGUUGUAGAGACGACGCAUUCACAAAAAACACGUACAGUGUUGAUCGAUUUUUGCGUGAGGUAUUUUUCCCUCUGUUGGAAAAACUCCAAACAGAGGACAACGGCUGCUUAGAGCAAAAUCAUCGAAACAAGUUGAUUCUCCAUGUCUUGGACCUUCGUCUUGGGGCGGAAAACCAGACCAGCUAUGACAACCUCUUGAGAGAUACAGAAUGCAUACCAACAUCUCCAAAAGGUGAAGAAUUGGCCAAACCUGGACAGCUAGUUAACCCCACAGAGGAAAUUGGACAGCUCUUCAGCGAAGAUAAUGGUAGAUUUCCACAUGGAGAGGCAUACAGAAAACCCUCCCAUCUGCUCUCCUUAAAAGAGCUUGGAAUGGCUGUCGAUGACCUGCAAUGGGAAGAUAUAUGUGACUGUGCAAAAUCAAUUUGCCGUGGAAGGAAUCCCUUGGGAAGAAGUAAAAUCUUACUGAAACUGAUUGGUAGAAAACUUCUACAAAAUGAAGAACCGAGCUCUGAACAGAAGGAUGUGAUAUUGAAAGCAGAUUUACUUCCUGUCCUACCGAAGCCUGACGGAUACCCAUCUCAGUGGUACUCAUGUGGUGAAGAGUUUACGUCUGCAUCGGAACUAUAUAGUUCCAAACAUGCGGACAUACUUGGAUCUGUACAACCUAUACUAAAUGAAGAGGUACUAGGCACCGAAGCAUUGGACAAGACAAACAAACGAUUCCUUGGCUUGAAAGACAAGACUGUAAGAGUCAAGGAUGUGAUACGGCAGUUGGAAACGCUCAUUGAGCAACCAGAACAUAAUCAACAGAGAACAUCCGCCAUGGUUGUUAAAAUAUACUCUUUCCUGCAAGGAGAAAUUGUUGGGGAGGAAGGCUCUGUGAAGAAGGGGUACGAGGCCUUUGUGGAAGAGCUUCAAAAAAUGAGGUUGGUGUUUUGUAAAGGCAGUUUUCAAGACAUCAAACAGGUUGCCUUUUACUUUAAAAGCGAAUGUCAAACCUACCUGAUGCGAGUUCCUGAUGAGCUUUCACCCUAUAAGACUUUGCUUAAGCUCUGUGGAGUUAGAAUGAGUUUCGGAAAGACAGAUUUUGUUCAAAAUCUACAGAUUCUGCACGAGAAGUAUCAAGAAUCGCCCGUCAUUGAACAGGAUCUCGAAACAGCCAAGGUCUUGGUAACGGAAUUAUCAGAAUGGCUUGGCAAUCCUAGCAACAAUGAUGACAUUACGGAAAUAGUGUCUGAAGAUGACGAAAUGUUUGUGCUGGACCAGAACAACAUUCUACGUCAAACGAAAGAACUUACCUUCAACGACAUGCCCGGGAAAGACCAUAAACUACUGGAUGGCAAACCCCUUGUACACACCCAUGGUGAUAUACCACAUGAUAGAGCUAAGCUGUUAGGUAUUGUGACGGUAACAGAAAGGCAGGUUGCGUGUUGCUCCUCCUCUAUUGGGUUUGAGAGAGAUUUUGGCCAAAAGGAGAAGUUGACAGACCGAUUGCAUAGCAUUCUAAAAGACUACCCAAAUGUGUCUGAUGUAUUCAAAGAGCUGCUUCAGAACGCUGACGAUGCUGGAUCGACAGAAAUUCAUUUUGUUUAUGAUCACCGAAGUCAUGGCGGAAUUGGGCUCGGGGAAGCUUGGGCAGCCACCCAAGGUGUUCCAGCAUUGUGCGUGUACAACAACAAAUCGUUCACUGACACAGACAUUAAAGGCAUUCAGAAGGUUGGGAUUGGUGGCAAAGGAAGUGACGUCACAACAACUGGACGUUUCGGCAUAGGUUUCAAUGCUGUCUACCAGCUCACAGAUUGUCCAAGUUUCCUGACGAACAAGGACAAACUCUGUGUGUUUGACCCGCUUCUAAAAUGCAUUCCUGGUGUGGAAGAAUCUUCCCCCGGAAGGAUGUUUUCAACAAGUGAGGGAUUUCGGGAGCAGUUCCACGAUAUGUUAACUGGAUACCUGGAGGAUCUUGAAGAGUUCAACGACAAGGAGGGCACACUCUUCCGAUUCCCGCUUCGUAACUCUCCAUCUGAUAUAUCUAAAGAGUGUUUCAAGUCAUGGAGGGUCAAACAAUUACUCAAGGAUCUUAAAGAAAUGGCACUCGAAGCACUCCUAUUUUUGAAUAACCUCCAGAAGAUAAGCGUUUCAAGCAUUGAUGAAGAGACAAAGAAGCUGUGUGAGACCUACACUGUAACGUCAUCACUACCAGAGUCUGAGUUAGAGCGCACUGAGCUAACAGCACACCUACAGAGGCUCAAAGAUGACCCUUGUGAUACAAUCACAUCUAAGUCGAGUGUUUACAACCUCGUGAUUAAGGACUCAAAACAUCAUGUGCAGGAAUGGCUUGUGUCACAGAUGUUGGGAUUUGAAAGUCCACUAGAUGAUGCGCAGGUCCUGUCAAGUACCUCAAGUUCGAAGAGACCUUUACCCAGAGGUGGAGUGGCAGCUCCUGUAAGUAAGACGGCUUGCCAACUUCCUCAGGGAAUUUCUCAGAAGAAGUACAAGGCGUACUGUUUCCUCCCAUUACCUUUACAAACCGGUUUACCAGUUCAUGUCAAUGGAAUGUUUGAACUGGAUUCGUCUAGGAGUAACCUUCUUAAAGGUAACGAAUUUGUAAAAGGAGAUGGUGACAAAACAGAUGACGGUUUUAUUCAUAGAUGGAAUUUUCUGUUAGUGACUCAUGUGAUUGCACCGGCUUAUGCUAAGCUAAUUGAACAUGCAGGAAGAAGUCUGCUCGGUGAGAAAUUUUCCAGCCAUCCUAUCGAUCAAGAAAUCGGAAUUUACAACGAGCUCUUUCCGACAGAUUUAGAUAAGCUUCAGGGAGAAUGGAAGGUACUUGCCAAGGAGACUCUACGUUAUAUCGAGAAGAACAACUUGGAGGUGUUACCCGUGGUUUGUCCAGAAGAAGGUGGUUGGACUGUCAUUUGGCAUGGCCCAAUUACAGAACAAAGUUCAGCAGUCUUUGAUAACUUGGAAGCUGAUGACAAAAAGUUACAAAAAGUAGAACAACUUGGUGACGAUAUCUCUAAGUUAAGGUGCUUCUUGCAGAAAGAUGGCAUGCAGCUGUUGAAAAGUUCUCCUGAGCUGGGCCAGGCAUUUCAGGCUAGCGAUGUCAACAUUGAAUAUGUGUCUCCAGCAGUGGUUCUAAAACACCUAAGAAGAGCAUGGACGCCGUCUAAAUUAGCAGAUACUACCUUCAGUGAUUAUGAGACAUUUCUGGUUGUACUGAAAUACUGCCUGAAAGGAAUCUCCGAUCCACACGAACUCGAUGGCUUACCAUUCUGUCUAUCGAACGCAGGAACCCUGAGAAGCCUCUCAAAUGAAGAUAGCAUCUAUCUUACAGAGUAUUCUAAGGUGCUUCCAAGCCUUCAAGACAAAUUUCUGAAAGAUGAGUUGGUUGAUCUCUUCAACAAGUGGUUCGAGGACAAGGCUGCAGGUACUGAUCAACCAGAAGCUAAAACUGAGAACCAGGCGUUCUCCUGUGGAGUAUUCAAGAAGUUUAACAUCACACAACUGGCCCAUCAUUUGGGAGACGUCCUACCAGCUGACUGGAAAGGUUGCAAUAAGUAUGUUGACUGGACACCAGAGCAAAAUGGACAUCCAUCUGAAACUUGGCUGAGGGAUUUGUGGACUUUCAUAUGUAGUGAGGUUACUGAGGCUAAUGUAUCGACGUGCCUGGAGCCUUUAUCUGCUUGGCCUGUGUUCCCAACGAAAUCAGAUAAGCUGGUUCCACCUUCAUUGUCGAAAACCGUUGUGUUCUUAGACAGCUUCAAUGACUCUGACCACAGAUUUGAACAAGUAAAUGUAUUGCAAAAUCUACAUCUCCCCGAGGUUAAAUGGCAAAGCAUGACCCAACAAGAACCCUUGCAAAGGCUUUCACUCGAUCUUAACAUUUUGCUUCUUAACCAUCUAGCACUGCCAAACAAACAGACGAGCAUCACACAUGUAAUACAGUUUAUGUUGGAACAUGGUUUUGAGGUAGGGAAUCUAUCAGUGUCUCAUAGUACACUCCUACUUGAGUAUUUUCAGGAGGGAUGUGACAUGUUGGAAGAUGACAGCUGUCAGUGUAUCAAAACGCUUUCGAUAUUUGUCAUUCAUGAUGACACAACAAUCAACCUAACACGUUAUGACAGCUGCCAUACUAGAGCCUUUGACGAGAAUGAGAUGGUUGAAUCUGACACUUGGAUGCCUUACAAGAAGUGUGUUUUUCUAAAGCCCCGCUAUAAUUUGAAAAAGAUUUAUGAGCACCUCGGGAUCACCGACAUCACAAGUGCUGACAUUUAUCUUCGGUACAUUUUACCGAGUUUUCAUUUGCUAAAGCCAGAAGCUCGAGUUAAGCAUCUGAAGAAUGUGCAGGACAAUGUGCUAGGCACUGCUUCAAAGGAAGAACGACGUGACAUUAUUCACAGUCUCACCGACAUUCCAUGUAUACCAGACAAAGACCGAGAAGGGUGCUUCUUAACAGCUGCCUGCUUCUAUGAUCCAUCAGUAACCAUAUUCAGCAAAUGUGUUUCCCCAAGCAAACUGCUUCCUGAAUCCAUGAAAGAGGUGGAGAAAUUGCUGAAAGAGAUAGGGCUAGUCCAUAAGGUGACACAGGAGAUGUUCAUCGAGUUUGCUAAAAAUGUAGAGACAAAGGCCAGGGGAAUUUCUGAAAAGGAAGACCUCAAAGCCCUCCAAGUCAUAUCAGAACUACUUAUCACACUAAUUGGUGACAGUUUGUCUGGAUAUUCAAGAGACUUUAUAGUUGACGGAGAGUUUCUGCUAAAGAUUUCAAACAUACAGUUCAUCGCUUCUUUUGAGAUUGAUAAACAAUAUGUCGAGAUUUACCCCACAUUCCCCGGAACUGGGAUUCAGAACAAAUUCAGGCGUCCUUUCAUCUGUUUUCGACAAGCAGUUCCAUAUCGACACAAGAAAUGUGUGUGGUCUACUGCUAUGUUGCUACCACCCUAUGCAGAAGUCAGUAACGUAAAGAUGUGUCAUUGUGAACGGAAAUGCAAAUGUGACAACAAACAUGGUUGUUGUUCUUGUAAAAAUAAAGGGAAGUGCCAAAACGGAGAGAUGUGCUCAUGCGAAAAAAAAUGCAGAUGCAAAAACGAAGAGUGUAAAUGUGAAGAGAGAUGCAACUGCAAAAACGGACAGCCGUGUCACAGCAGGGAAAAGAAAUGUGAAUGCAAAACAAGCCACGAUUACCUUGGUAUUGUGGACGAUGUUCUUGAACUAGUGCUGUCACAUGCCCAAAAUGUGGUUGAUAAAGUCUCGGAAAAUGAUGAUGAGAAGAAGAGGAGGGUUAAAACGGCACACGAUGUUUGCAAAAGCAUCUUGAAGUUCUUAGAACAGUUCCUGAAGACUGAAGAAAAUGAGUGGAAGAAACAGAAUAAAAACGGUCAGCAAGCAGAGUUCUUUAAGAGUGAGAAGCGAGAGGAGAUACAAAACUGUCUGCAGUCUGUCUCAAUUUGUCCGGUUGAGGAAGGACACGUGUUUGUCAGAGCAGAGCAGUUGGUAUUUGACAUGAUCGAAGAGCAUGCACGGAGUUUUCAUCCAUACUUGUACAAAACACCAAGAGACUUGCUUGAAGUUGAGAACGUUCUGAAACUUCUCGGGGCGCGACAGACUUGCUCCUUAGAUCAACUUGCGGGAGUGUUAUCCACUCUCAAGGCAAGAUGUGGUGAUAAUCGUCUGGGCCCAAAUGAACUGCGAGUUGCAUGUUUAGCAGUAAAGGAUAUAUUCAACUUGCUUCACUCAAAAACACGGGAUCAGCUGUCAGUCUCAGUACUGUACUUACCCAGCACGACACUCAUCUUGAGAAACUCCACAGACCUUCUGUAUGCAACUCCAAACUUAAGGGACCAUUUUAAAGGAAAAUCUACUGACAUUGAAUUUCUUAUUCAGCUCAGCAAGUGUGAAUUGGCAAUGUUUGAUGAAGUCCGUCUAAUUGAACUCCUUCCUGUUAAAUAUCGCCCGAAGAAUUUUGGCGAACAGAUGCAGGAGAAGCCGUGGGAGACUAACAAAGACUGCCUCGCAGGGCAAAACUGCGAAUACUUGGAACACAUCAAGCGGAUUCUGUCCUCAGAAGAGCUGACAAGAGUCUUGCUUCGACUUGUAAGGCACCAGAUGGAAGGCGUCACACCACCUGACUCUACAAUAGACAAAAUCAAAGCCUUGCAGAAUUUCAGCAAUCUCUCCUGUAAGGUUCAACUCCAUACGGGAUGGUAUAAUGCAAACGGGAUACUCGAGAUUGCUCAGUCACACACGAGUCAAGCAUUCUUCGAAAAAGGCACCAAAACGAUUCACCUGGAACAUCGUGACCUGCCUUCGAUGCAUCAUACAAGUCACACAUUCAAGCAGGUCGCAGACAGCUGCAACCUUCUUCUUGGUGAUCUUCUGGACCCUACACACGCGAGUUACCUGCAGAGUGCCUUGGACUCGAAACAUCUAAGCGACAUGAACAAGAAGCUUUCUGAAUCGAACAUCCCAGAGUAUGAAGAGGGUGACAUCGCCAGAGAAGAUACUUGGGAGGAGCACUAUAAACUAGGAACUAUUGUUCCGUCUGACAUUCGGCACUUCCUUGACCAAGACCCGUACAACCGUUUCAGCCAGGACGAGAUCGUCGGGUACGAAAGAAACAUCGCUUAUGACACGACUACGGAGAUCAUCUUUGCAAGAAUUGUAGAGGAAAUUGACCAGAGUGAGGGGGAGACAUCCUUAUCUCGAAAGUUCAAGAUAGACAUCGGGGAAGACAAGAAUCUCAUCGUUAGCGUAAUAGCAUUGUAUAAGUUCCUGACCCCUAAAGAGCCAGAACCUAACCUGUCGACCGUUCCAUACACAGGAGAGUGUGGGCCUGAAGCACCCAGCGCACCUGAAGAACCUGAAACACUUCCAACCUAUGCAGAUGCAACUUUAGAGGAGAUUAUGAAGAAAGACAGAGAGCAGAUUCGACAAGAAGUAGAGGAAGCAUUCAACCUCGAAGAGGGAGACCGUAAAAAGGUCGUUCGUCGUCUCUUCCUGAGAUGGCAUCCUGAUAAGAACCGUGGACAGGAGGAACGUACCACAGAGGCAUUCAAAUUUCUCCAGGCAGAAAUAAAGAGACGCGAGUCCGGAUCUAAUUUCAGUGAGAACUUCCCAACCUGGGCAUCCGAAGCCAGGCGUGACGGCGAGUAUCAACGUGAUUACUUCAGACGCUGGUACGGACACGGGCGAAGAAGACCAAGAAGGAAUCGCUCAAGGGGUACCUUUGUCCCACCUUCAUUCUCCAGGGAUAGGCCUGAUCCACGGAAGGCCCGACUGUGGUUCCGGCAAGCCGAGGAACACUUCGAGAAUGCUCAGCAAACCAACCGACUUGUCCCUGGUCACAUUCAGUGGGUAGUCUUUCAGGCUCACCAGGCGGCAGAAGUAGCUCUUAAAGCAGCCCAGUUCGGGCUGAACGGAGAAGCUGAUUUAGUCACUCAUGAAUUGGUCUCCUUGGCCGGAGCAAUCCGUUGCGAAUCAAGCCAGCUCGUAGAUAAAGCAAGCGAGUUAGAAACUCUUCACUGUCAGUUUAACAAGCCACGCUACCCACAGUUUUCAAGGACCAGUCGGGAAGUCUAUGAAGGCAUCAAUGCAGUAGACGUACUAAAAGUAUGCGAGGAGUUACUGAAUAUUGUGAGGACAAUAAUUGGAGUAAGAGUUUAACAGCUUUUUGAUCAAGUUCACUUACUCAAAAACCAGUUUCUCUAACAGUUUAUAACCGGUUUCAUUAGCCUUCUAAAACUGGUCUUAUUAUUGGUCUACAAUCGGUCUUUUACCGGUUAAACUAACGAUCUAAACCCGUUCGCAAGGUCGUGGACUGAUUCAGGUAAUGAUCUACCUUUACCAUUCAAAUGAAGUGAAUGGUGGAGAUCUUUGGUUUAGUUUAUACAAGAGCUACGCAGCAUAUUUUGCGUGACAAUAAACUUUGACAUUUUGGAAAGCGUCAAUGUGUUUCCUGUUCCUUUUUCUGUUUUGUGUAGAUUUGCCUUAAGUUUAGUUCUAUCACCAAGCACGGUUAUAAUUAUAAGUAGUUUUUGAGUGUAGUGAUGUUUUUUUGCUGUCGUCGUUAGCUAAUCAUGACCGAUAUAGAGGUUUAUAUUGUAAUACACGUUGUGAAAAUUGCUUUAAAUGAAACAACAGUUAUUCAUAUUGGUUGCUUUGUGGUGUUUGGUGAUGGUUAUGUACCUUUCAAUUGUAUAAAAUGUCAGUUUUUACUAUUUUUGAUCUGAUUAGUAAGUGUUUGGUACUUUGUGAUCGGGUUUUCAUACAGAUUUUAUGUUGGUACUAAGUGUUUUUUGUUGAUCUGCAGUACGUGGAUAGUUGUAUUGACUACCUGUGUACAUAUAUACUACGUGCAGUUGCUAUUGUGUUAACCUGAACUUUUUUUGUAGAGUGUAGUAACUGAUAAUAAUUGUUUAAUAUGGAGCCUUAUACAUUGCUUGUAACGCAAAACGUACGAGUACCGGAACAUUAGGUGGAUGAUUUGAUUUGAUUUGACUUGAUUUGCUUCAUCAUUUUGUAUUUUAACACUAUUAGUUUCAAGCGGCUAUGCAGUUAUUGAAUAACAAUUUCAACGAUAAUUCUAAAUCGGUUCAAUGCUUUAUUUUUAUUAUAAAGGUUUGCGCACUAGUAGACGUAUGACGUAUGCGGACGCAUGUAUUGCCGUGUAUUUUCAAUACAAAGGUUUGCGCACUAGUGGAUGUAUGACGUAUGACGGACGCAUGUAUUGCCGUGUAUUUUUAUUAUAAAGGUUUGCGCACUAGUAGACGUAUGACGUAUGCGGACGCAUGUAUUGCCGUGUAUUUUCAUUAUAAAGGUUUGCGCACUAGUUGACGUAUGACGUAUGCGGGCGCAUGUAUUGCCGUGUAUUUUCAUUAUAAAGGUUUGCGCACUAGUAGACGUAUGACGGACGCAUGUACAUGUAUUGCCGUAGAUUUUUAGUAUAAAGGUUUGCGCACUAGUAGACGUAUGACGUAUGCGGGCGCAUGUAUUGCCGUGUAUUUUCAUUAUAAAGGUUUGCGCACUAGUGGAUGUAUGACGUAUGACGGACGCAUGUAUUGCCGUCCUUAGAUUUAGUUAACCAAUAAGAUUAUUUUCUUUUGACUCAUUGUUAAAGGCAUCGACUGUCAUUGGUUAUUACUCAAAAUAAAUGCUAGCAUAACAACUUGUUUGCAAUGUAAAACUAAUUUUGUGAGAAAUGUUCCCCUUUAAAAUCAAUCAUGUAGUUUUGAGAAAGAGGUAAUUUCUCCCUGAAAUAAUAAAAUACUUCAGCUGAA